AUGGCUUCUUCAGUACCAUCUGAGCUGUCAGGUCAUUUUCCUGAAUGGGUCUCGUUUUCAGUAGUUGUGAACUCGCUCAGUGAGUUGGACUCGCAAACAUCAGAGUAUCUUCAAAGAGACCUACUAUUCGAGAUCGAAAAGCUCACGACAAGUCAAACCGAACGAGUGAGAAACCUACCCAUACAAGUCGAUGCUGAGAGAGCAAAACUGGAGGACAUCAAAACAUACGAUAAAGAAAAGAUUAUCGCUUGCCACGGAGUUCUUCCUGGAGUCGCUGGACAGCCUUGGGAGUGGAGAAAGGGCAAGCCGAUUGAGGAUGCUCUGUACGAACUCACCGAAGAUCUGGAGUAUGAGCUCGAAGCAAUGGAAAACGACUUGAGAAACAUGAUGGAGUACGAACUAGUAUUAUGCAGCUACCUAUACCACUCUUUGACGACGUUUGCACUUCGAGCAAUCUCCUCUUCCAGCGUCGCUAGUAGCAUCAAGUCUUUAAUAGGCAGGCGCGAAGGGUCGACUUGGCCGCCGUUUCCGGCGAUUCUAGGCGGAAUAGGUUUAGUCAAUCGACGUGAGAGAAUUUGGCAAUGGAUGUUAGAGCAAGUCGUGGCAGAACAUACAGAAACAGUCCGUUUGGCAGCGCUCCAAGCACAUAAAACACCUCGACAGAGCCCAAUGUCCACAGCAAAAUGCCUCACAUCCAGUGAGACAAUUGUUACUCUAGUUGAUCCACGUAGCCUGGUAUCAGAUCACAUUCUAGAUCAGCCAGAACCAGAAGACGGUGGCGUAUUGGCCAAUGGCAAAAGCCAUGCUUCGCACCUCGCAGAUUUCAUGGGAAUGGAAGAGAAGCCCUCCAGCACCGGCCUAAGCACUUCAUCAAGCUUGAUUGACUUGACUGAUUUUCUAUCGGGAGCCAAGGUUUCUGAGGAUGCAGCUGCAACACCAAGCUCAUUGGAAGAUAUCAUGGAUCUUGAUCCAUUGGUGGAUGAAGAUCGAGUCAAAGACACAGCUAGCGACUCGACAACAUCCAUGGAUACAGGUGCACUCAAUGUUGGAGCCCAAGCAAUCUCUCGGCCGGCGGUAACCUACAGCAGUCCUCCCGCGUAUUCCAAGCAAUUACAGAUGCUACACAGCAAUCAAGACAUUCAGCAGCCCUCACAGCAUGCUGCCAAUGCGAACAUCGUGGGAUGGACUCCUCCUAUGGCUCUCACUCACGCCGUGGUGGCUCUUCCUCUCUAUCUAGCGCCGGUACCUGUACGCCCUGUCUGGCCAACGUUUGUUGAGAGGCUGCAAGCAGAAUCUUCCGCCACUUUCGCAAAGCCUCAACCAGGGGCAGCCAUCAUUGAGAGACCCCAAGCAGGAUUAGCAGCUAGGUUCAGAGAGUCCCAAAGAGCGGCAACAAACAUCGAGAAGCCACCGGCAGAGUUGUCAAUGAGAUUCAAAGCGCUACAAAAAGAGAACCAAAAGCCAUUGAACGCCAAAGCUUCUGAAUAUGUCAGUACAGCUUCCAAAUCCGGGGGCAACGACUCUUUUUCCUGGUGGUGA